UUUUUAAAAUGUCUAGUUUCCAGGUUUUUGUUGAGUCGUUAAUUGUUAUAGUGGCGCGCAUUCCACUGACUUUGGAUUCCGAGGCGCCAAAAGAAGAGAAAGCGGUUGCAUUACGAAUCUCUUGACUACAUUCCAGUUUGCUAGGGAAAGCUCUAUUAAGCAUGGUUCUUGAGAAGAAGCGCAAAAAGCAGUGCAAGGGAAGGGGAAAGGGAGAGGGAAAUGUUGAGAGCAGCUUCGGUAUAUGUGAUCUACCAGAUGCGAUUCUCCAGCUUAUCAUAUCCUCCCUUCCCACAAAAGAAGCAAUUCAAACGAGUAUACUCUCCAAAAGAUGGGAGCAUCUAUGGAGGGAUAUCUCCAAGAUUGAGUUGAAAGAGGGAAAACCCGAGGAAAGGCAGCAAUUCAUGCACUUUGUGACCAGAUUGCUUGUAGCUUGUAAUUGCUCCAGUCUUGCGAAGUUCUCUCUGACAUGUAAUGUUGAUAAGGAUGCUUCUCGGGUUAAUCAGUGGCUAUGUGGUUUCAUCAACCCUAGGAUUCAAGAACUAUGUCUUUGUCUUUAUGGGAUUGAGGAACCAUUGGUCUUCCCUGACCAACUGUUUACCUGUGCUACAUUGACAAACUUUGAAUUGGAUAUGCAGCAUGUCUUCAACCUUCCUUCUUCUGUUCAUUUUCGGUGCCUUCGGACUUUGACUUUGUCUAACAUUAUAUUCCCUGAUAGUUCUUCAGCACAACAGCUUUUCUCUGGCUGCCCAGCCUUGGAGGAUUUGUACCUAAUCAAUUGCAAUUUGAAGAAUGUCCAAGCUGUUUGUAUUUAUUCUCCUUUGCUUCGACAAAUUCAUAUACGGGAGGACAAAGAUGGUAUGAUGGAUGAAGAUCAUGAUGAGAUAGGUGGUUGCAAAGUACUGAUUGUUGGAACUAAUCUGAAGUCAUUUACUUAUCACGGCGAUUGUAUGAAUGAAUAUUUCUUAUAUCGUUCAACCUUGGUGAUUGAUGCCUCCAUUGAGGUGCUACCUCCUGAAUAUUAUUGGGUCAGAGAGGUCACCUGGCAAAUCUCUUCAGGCAAUUUCACGUUCAGACUUCUCAAAAUGCUCCCAAAUGUGGAGAAGCUUUCUAUGUCUGAGACUUCUAUUAUGACACUCAGUAGAACAUCUUUACUCGGGCAACUACCUUUAUUCGGUAAAUUGGCUGAACUAGAUUUCGACUCAUUCUCGUCCAUAGAGUUGUCCUAUAAAGCAUUACUGAUGCUAUUGCGAAACUCGCCCUGUCUUCAAGUUCUUAGAUUUCAGGGAGGGGUGUCUCAGCCUAAAGAUGAUGCAAAUUCUAUAUUCGAUCCCUUGCCUGUGUGUUUUAGCAGAACCCUGAAGACGAUUGAGAUCGGUGGCAUCUCUGAGGAAGAAGAGUUAUUUGCAAUAAAAAUAUUGUUGCAAGCAGCAUCAGUGUUGGAUAAACUUCGUAUUCAGUGUUAUUGGCAUUCGUUUGACAGGGAUGACAGGCGUGUAGGAUUAAAGAGGUCAAAGGAGUUCUGCAAGCAGAUCUUAAAGUAUCCUAAGAGCUCAAUGAAUUGUGAGAUAGAAUUCGAGUAUUAUUGAGCUAUUAAGCUUACGAUAUGUUUUGAUAUUGCCAUAGAAUUUAAAGACUAUUACAAAUUAUGUAUGUACUUUCUCGCAAUCUUAAAUUUUGCUCAUU